CCUCCUCCACUCCAUCAGGACCAGGACCAGGACCAGGAGCUGGACCAGGAGCAGGAGCUGGAUCAGGAGCUGGAGCUGGAGCUGUGCCACCUGUACCUAGACCUCCACCCCCCUCUGACCGGAACCUCCUUUACACCAGCACAAUAUUGGUGAAGUCCUUCCAGACCCUGAAGAAGACAUAAACCAGGUCGAGUGGGAGAUCGGCCAUCUCGAAAUCAACAGAGGCUGCUCACCGUAGAGGGGGGCCAAGUCAAAAGCAUGAGUUCAUGCAGCACAGAUGUUAAGGAAAAUCGGAACUUGGACAACCUCUUCUCCAAAGGGGGGGUUGCAGCUGAGGCUGCUCAACUCCCCAAUGGGAGUGCUGGGGGUGGGAGGAAACGUCCCUUAGAGGAGGGCAAUAAUGGGCAUGCACAUUCCAAGUACAGGCCCAAGAAACGUAAGAAAAUCCCUGGGCCCAUUCUGCCUAAGAAUGCUCUAAUGCAGCUGAAUGAGAUCAAGCCAGGGCUGCAGUACAAACUGCUGUCUCAGACCGGGCCGGUCCAUGCACCCGUCUUCGUGAUGACUGUGGAGGUCAACGGGCAGCUCUUCGAGGGUUCUGGUCCGACCAAGAAGAAGGCCAAGCUGAACGCAGCCGAGAAGGCCCUGCGCUCCUUCGUCCAGUUCCCCAACGCAUCUGAAGCCCACAUGGCCAUGGGCCGGACUCUGUCCGUCCACACGGACUUCACCUCGGACCAGGCUGACUUUCCGGACAUGCUUUUUAAUGCCUUUGAGACAUCCACUCCUGUAGAUGACCCGUUUUACCUCGCAUCUAACAGUAACGGUUCCUUCAGCUCACUGGGAAUAGAGUACCCGUUGCUACCCUCCCCUGUCCCAAACCUGGUCCAGGCCCCCUUACCUACAGCCCCCUCCACCUUCAUCUCCCCUACGAGCGGCAAGAACCCGGUCAUGAUCCUCAACGAGCUGCGACCAGGCCUCAAGUAUGACUUUGUGUCAGAGAGCGGGGAGAGCCACGCCAAGAACUUUGUCAUGUCAGUGACAGUAGAUGCUCAGAACUUCCAGGGUUCUGGGCGGAACAAGAAGCUGGCCAAGGCCCGGGCUGCCCAGGCUGCUCUGUCUGCUCUGUUUAACAUGCAGCUGGAUCAGGCUCCAUCAAGACAGCCUAUACCCAGAGAGGGACUGCAGCUCCACCUGCCACAGGUCCUGGCAGACGCCGUCACUCGCCUGGUCGUCGACAAGUUCAGCGAACUGACGGACAACUUCACCUCUCCACACGCUCGACGGAAAGUACUGGCAGGUGUCGUCAUGACAACAGGUUCCGAUGUGAAGGAGGCCCAGGUCAUCUGUGUGUCCACAGGGACUAAGUGCAUCAAUGGUGAAUACAUGAGCGACAGAGGUUUGGCCCUCAAUGACUGCCAUGCUGAGAUUGUGGCUCGCCGUUCACUCAUCAGGUACCUGUACUCGCAGCUGGAGCAUUUCCUCAGUAACCAAGAAGAGGAGCAGCAGAGAUCCGUCUUUACCAGGUGUGACAACAGACAAGGCUUCAUGCUGAAGGAAAACGUCCAGUUCCACCUGUACAUCAGCACCUCCCCCUGUGGAGACGCCCGCAUCUUCUCUCCUCAUGAAGCUGGAAUGGAGGAUCAGGGGGACAGACACCCGAACAGAAAAGCUCGUGGGCAGCUCCGCACUAAAAUAGAGUCUGGUGAAGGAACCAUCCCGGUACGCUCCAGUAACACCAUUCAGACGUGGGACGGGGUUCUUCAGGGGGAGAGGCUGCUCACCAUGUCCUGCAGUGACAAGAUAGCCAGGUGGAACGUGGUCGGGUUCCAGGGCUCUCUGAUGAGCUACUUCACCGAGGCCAUCUACUUCUCCAGCAUCAUUCUGGGCAGCCUGUACCACGGCGACCACCUCUCCAGAGCCAUGUACCAGAGGAUCACUGAGAUCGAGGACCUGCCGCAGUCCUUCAACUUGAACCGACCACUGCUCAGCGGAAUAAGUAACUCAGAGGCUCGUCAGCCAGGAAAAGCACCCAACUUCAGUGUGAACUGGACGGUGGGAGACCAGGGUUUAGAGGUGAUCAACGCCACCACGGGGAAAGAUGAUCUGGGUCGACCCUCCAGGCUCUGUAAACACGCCCUCUACAGCCGCUGGAUGCGCCUGCACUGCAAGCUCUGCUCCACCCUCCGGAUCAGAACAGUGAGGCCCGGCAGCUACCACGAGGCCAAGCAGGCGGCGGCGGAGUACCACGGCGCCAAACAGACGCUCUUCAGAGCCUUCCACAAAGCCGGGCUGGGCGCCUGGGUGAAGAAACCGAUAGAGCAGGACCAGUUUGCUCUCACCACCUGAGCUGGCACUGGUAGACUGCUUGCUUUAUUUCCUGGGUCAGUUUCAGUGGUGGAAUAGUUUCCCUCUGGAUCGUCAUGGACUGGAUGGACUGGUUUCACUGGGAACAGAGAGGCGCCACAUCCAGAUGUCAGAGUCCAUGGAGGUAACAUUCCACGGUCAUUUUUAUAGCCUCCUGCUACUCAGCCAGCACAUUAAAAAAGAGGAUUACUCCGUCAGAUAUGCAACUUUAUACAAAGGACAGAUGUAAAAACAGACUUUGGGAAUGGAAACUUGUAAUUGUUAGUUUCAGUGGUUUAUAUCAGAAUAGUGAUGUAUUCAUUUUGCAUGUGUGAUUAUACCAAAUCCGUAGGAAGUCAACAGUAAAAGGUUUGUUAUCAUGUAACAGUGUUGUGAUAACUUGAGAAUGUCCUUCUGCAGUUUGUAAAACUGUCUUUUCUCCGCUUUGCUGCAAAUCUGAGGUCACAAAGAUAUUUCCUUUCAUUUCCAGCUGAGAAUACGCACACAGAAAAGACUUUAGUCAUCCACAGCUCAAAGACAGCUUUACUCUGAGGUGUUUUCUUUGUCGGUGGUGGUGCAGACAAAACGGGCCCACAGUCCUGCCGCGUUGGGUCGCUUAAUAUGGUGGACUGGCCUGUGCUAUACUGUCAAUGUGUCGGUCCAGACUGUGUGUCUGUGGCAUCACUCACAGACAUCUUUUAAAGGCUGCUGUCUUGCCGGGAAAUCCAAAUUUGGUCAAAGGGGAGGAAGCCAGUGUGCACCUGAUGAGAGGCGAAGUGACCAUCAGGGCUGACUGUGGUAGGAUGACACACCUGCCAAUCAAAGAAAUACGACAUUGUUGCGUUAAAGCUAGACGUGGCCUCUUAGGUCUCUACUGUCCCUCUUCCACUUUGAGUCCGGACCAAGCUUGCGUCCGUGGUUGCUGCCAAAUUGGUUUGCCUGAAGUUCAAGUUGAUGUUUUAUAUAGUUGUCUCAGCACAGUAGCGCCUGUGUGUACUUUUGGAUCCUGAUCUCACCUCACUUGAAUGAACAUUUUAAAGGGGCUCUAUGUAAGAAUCAGAAAUGUCUUGUUAACGGUGACACCUGUGGCCGUUAAGUCAACGAAAGUCAGCGUCCUGUUGCUUUCACUUGUGCUCGCACUAUGUAGACGUGAGCGAGCAUCGGUUACAACAGAUCACCACAAUAUCACUAUAUACUUCACAUGCUUGGCAGUAAUGUUGGCUAACCUGUCCAAUAGGAAUUUGCCAGUUCGUGGUCCGUUUUUCAUAACCAGACAAAGGUCCCUCCGUGAAUCGAAGACCCGGCCAAUGUUGAUCCUAAUUUUGAUUCCUGUUUUGCAAGACGGGCUUCACUAGAUAUAACUUUGUUUUUUGUGUGCUUCCGUGGAGUUUCUGUUGAGUUGUGCGCAUGACGUCACAUCCAUUGAAUUUUCCAAGAAAACCGGCCCGCAUUUUUCACAUUAAAAGCAGUCUUACAACCAGUUCACACAUUGUCUAUAAAAAAAA